AUGCAAGAUGAACUACGCAGAUGUGAAGAGAAGGACCAGGAGACGCGACGAGAUGCACUGGUAGGAAAUCAGAUCGUCAACCCGCAGUUGCCACCUCGACGCGUAUGGGACCUGUAUAGCAACCGUGUGAUGCCAUACUGGAUUGCUGGGCGAUUGCCAGAGUCAAUAUCCCAUGCGUGGAUGGAUGAGAAGGAUCGCAUUGAUGUGUGGACCCCUAUCAAUGGGAAGGAAUGGCCGGUGCCCAUCCCCAAGGAUGCGGACCUCAACUUGAUCAGGAUCGAGAUGCUGAAUCUGGGACUGGAGUACGCUUGGCUGGAUGUGCUUUGUUUGAGACAGGUGGGUGGGCUGAGAGAGGAUCUGCGCAUGGAGGAAUGGGAACUCGAUGUGCCCACAAUUGGAAAUGUGUAUUUGAACAGAAGGUGGAAACCGGUGAUGAUCUACCUGAGUGGGUUAGGGCGGCCUUUGAGUUUGAAGGACGGCGACAUGGACAGUGAGCGGAGUUGGUUUAGGCGUGCAUGGACAGUGCAGGAGAUUGGGGAGCAGAGGAUCAUUGCCGGGGAUACACCUGAUGGACCAAUGCAUGCCAAGCCAAUAAACAAGGAUGGAAACUACGAGACAGCAAUACUGACACGAUUUCACAUGCAGUGGGAGUCCUUCAAGAGACUAAACAGGGGUAUUUUUAGUACACUGGCAGACAUGCAGAAGCGAGUGUCGACCAAUCCUGUGGACAGAAUCGCGGGACUGGCAUUUCCUCUGUCACCCAACACAAUACCAGUAUACCAUGAGAGUGAGCCUCUCGAGGAUGCAUGGACAGCACUGGUGAACACAAUGUCCCCUUGGAUUCGGGUGGGCUUCCUCUUUUUGUAUCCUGAAGCAGGACGAGUCGGAAGCAAGAAAUGGAGACCAGCAUGGGAGCAAGUCAUGACAGAGCCUCUGCCAGUGGAUGCUCCCUGGCUCGGGACUGUUAGGCGUAAUGAUGAGAAGGAUGAGGACUGGUAUGAAGGAUAUUGCAUUGAAAAGGGGCUUGUGUGUGGUUUCAAUGUGGGAUUGGCAGCGGGGGGUGAUCGACACGGAAAGUUAGUUGUUAAAGAUGCCGAUGGAAGGGAGCACAUAUUCAAAAUCAUCGCCGCCCAUCAAUACCCAAUACCAGAAGACUCAUACACAUUGCUUGGUAAUGAUCAACGGGCUUCAAAAUAUUGGGCUGUUGGGCGACGACUGCCAGAACAGAGAUUUGAGAAAGUGUCCAUAUUUGCACUGAAUGACAGCAAGGAAGCAGAUAGGUUGGUUGACCUAGGUAUUAGGAGUCGUAACAUUCUUGUUUGA